GUUUUCCUGUCAAACGGUUAGUGCCCAUUGUCGGCAAAGCACGUCGAUAAAAUGCCGACCUGCAGCGACUCCAGUCCUUUCACUUCUCACCGCAAGCUACCCCAACACGUCCCUAGUCUCAAACGCGCAUGCCACCCAUCCUUUCACCACCACUAAGCCAAUCCGGCUUCAAGCUCGAUACAGCGGGGGUCUCCGGGUUCUUCGGCGGCGAAGAGUUCAUCUCUGCAAUGUCCACCGUGCACUUGGAGAAGGAACGAAGGUGGUUGGGCUGGUAUAAUUGCCCAGGGUCCUACAACAUUGGCAAGUGCUAUGGUCAGCUCGCCGACUCAGCCAUCUGGCGCAGCCUCUUCCCCGGCCCCAGAGAUUCCGCAGAGAUGGUGUUCAAGCUUGAUGGGACGGCCGGGCCACGCUAUGUGGGCGCGCUAUCGGGGACGAGGAUGGCCACUGGGCAUCUCGCGUAUCUGCUCAUGGAAAGGUGUAAGGGAGAGGAGGAGAGGGAUGUCCCUGGGCGUCGAGGGACGGAAACGGUGUUGAACAUGGUGUCGCUGGACAAGGUCAAUCACGGUGUCGUCACGCCUCGUACCCCGUUCCAUGUCAUGCUGCUCGCUCUCGUUCCCAUCGCUGUCAGCGUCGGAACAUGUAUUAUGUGCGUCGUUUGGGGGGACUGGUACUGUUUCUCGAUGAUCGCACUAGGCAUGAUUGCACAUGGAUUUGCAUACCUGGUGGUUGGCUCAGGCCGCGUAGACAUCAAGUACAACCAGACCCCACCCAAGGGAGCACCAGCCGCCGACGGGCUGCUGGUCGGGUCAGAAACAACGAUCAUACUGGGACCAGAGGAAGCAGCGAACAUCGUCACCAAGGGUCGUUUCGUCAUCGCGGAGAAGAACGAUUUUCACCGCCGAAUGACAGGCUUUUGCGCGUUGCUCUUGCUCCUCCAGUUUCUUCUCCAGCUGCUUCUUAUCCCGCAAGGCACUCUCAUCGGCCAGCUCCUGUUCAUGGGCUCGCUAGCCGCCUCGUGGGUGUACACCACGUUUUUUCCCGCUAAAGAGCACAUCGAUGUCCAAAAAGCGCUUCUCUGGCAGAAGCUCGGCACCCCACAUACCCACCGACUCCGCUUCGGCUCGAGAACGGCGAUGGUCGUAUUCGCGCUGAUGGUCCUGCGGCCGUCAGACCGGACGAUGAUGCUCGACGAGAUCCUGCCCAACCACAGCUCCACCCCCGCUUGGCGUAGAUGGAAGGUUAUCUUGGAGAGGCGACUGAGACACUACCCAUCCACUCUAGACUCUGUGCGAAGGCAAAGUACCGAGCCGCCACUCGAUGAUAUUGACAGGGAGCUGCUGGACAAUAUUGUCUCGGAUAUUGACAGUGCGUUUGUGGAGUACCAGAAAUUAGAGAACCGUAAUUGCUGCAUCUCCCGUCCCAGUAACGGCCGCAUCAUCCGGCACAGUAAUGAAUCGCGUUGAACAUUUUGACGUUCCACGAGCACCUCAAAGUUAUUCCACAUUGCAUAUAUCACGACCGAUGGUCUUCGCAUAGAGAUAUCUUCUUG